GUUCAGGUAACGCGCUAACUGCGGAACGAAUACUACAAAUCUUCAAUCAGUUUUUACGCAAAGGUCAAGAUAGACUGUCUUUGCUGUUGAGCCGUACCGUUGUUGACAAGGAUUUUCGAAGAUGGAACGCCGUGCUAGGAGGACAACAUUCACUCGGAUCAACCCUGACACCAAAUUUCUGGAUGACGAAGACGUUGAGGGGGUACAUCUUGUUCAUGACUUUGACCUGGUUCGUGAAAUGCAAGUGCGUUUGGGAAAAUUCGCCAAAGGUCAGGCUGUUUUUUUCCCUGUAAUGUGGCCCGUCUCCUUGUCCAUGAAGAACGUCCAGUCGCUUGCAUCGAAGCCUUAUGUGGUGGGACCCAAGCCAUCAGGAACGCGGUUUCUUCUUUACAUUGAUUCUUCCGGGGAUAUUCUCCUGGAGAAUAUGACGCAACACAUUUUUCGUGUCGACGAAGAUCACGCCAUCAAGAUAGAAACGUCUGACGGGAGACCAAUCACCGACACUGUUCUCGAUGGGGUCAUUACAAGAGAGAAAUCAGAUGAUGAUGCCAGUUGUAAUGGAAAUAUUAAGGAAGACGGAACUACCGGAAAAUUGAAGUUUGUAAUUCUGGACGCAAUCAGGUGCAGCGGAAAUGACCUGACUGGUUUGAACAUCCUUGAACGAAUCGCUUUUGUCAGGGAAAAGAUCAUAAUACCGAUGACGUAUACCAGGGGAAAAGAGAACGAGGCAUUUGACUUGGAUAUCGUCGAAUAUGAGGAAGCACAUAGGACGGAAAAUUUCUUGUCUGUUGAAUACGCUCAGCGUUUCAAAUAUCCGUUGGAUUUUUUUAUUUUUUAUCCAAAAAAGAAGGGCUACAAAUGCGACACCAAAUCCAACCACAAUUUUAAGUGGCAGGAAAAUGACAAUCAAAAAUGCAGUUUUCGACUUAAAAUUCCAAAAGGAAUAAAAAAUCCGACAGAGGCCGAGCUUCAUGUAGGGGGCCCAAAAACGAAAUUCGAAAUCAAAUACGACAUGAUUAGACUGACAGAUGAAAUGAAAAUGCUGGACGGAUGCAUUAUUGAUUGCCGCUAUUUUGAUCACCAAUGGAUCUUCAUCAAGCAGCGCCAUGACCGUAAUCAUCCCAAUGGAAGUGAGGCAGUUAAGGGGAAAAUGGAAGCGCUUGAAAAUCAAGUUUCUCGUGAUUUUCUUCUGGCACAUUUAAAUAUUGCUAGAGGUUUGGAGUAAAAUUGUUUGUUUGCCAGAUUUGCCUAGCAAUAUGUCGAGUUUGUGUAGACGUAUAAGUUAUAGUAUAGUAUAUCAAUAGUAGUAUGGUAUAGUAAUAUCAAUCAUCGAGUCGAUAUUCUACAAUAAUAUCGUUAUCAUAUAUAAUCAAACAUUAUAUACUUUGUCCCAUUAAUAAAUAGAAAAAAAAUGCGCUGGUAUUUUAAACACAAUUUGAAUUUAUUUUUGCAAAAAAGCGCCUAUAGUUAAUGGCGAAGAUAAUGUUGCAAAAAGGCAAACAAGGAAAUCGGCAAUUUAAUAAAUACACAACCAAUGUGACUGCGUGUGACUGGCAGGAGGAUCAAUAGCGAGGGGGAGAGGAGCGAUUUCUUAUUGAGCGAUUUCUUUUAGCGAUUAUAAACUGACAGAGGAAACUAAAAUGCUGGAUGGAUGCAUUAUUGAUUGCCGCUAUUUUGAUCAGCAAUGGAUCUUCAUCACUCAGCGCCAUGACCGCAAUCAUCCCAAUUGAAAGCGCGCAAUUAUGUGGAAAAUGUAAGCGCUAGAAAAUGCCGUCUCUCGUGAUCUUCUUCUUGCAACUCUAGAAAAUUCUAGAGGUUAGGAAUAAAAUUGUUUUCUCCUUCGGUACUUGUCUAUUAUAGCUGUGUGUUGGUCUCAUCAAUUUCGUCCAUCAGAAGGUCAUCUGCGAUUAUUAUGUAAAAACAAAAUAAGACAUUCCCUUUACGAAAAUGAAAGCAAAGAAACAAACAAGCCAAAACGCUGAAACGGGAAAAUUUUCCUGUUCAAAAUUUUCAUUCACUUAUUUUUCUCUCUUUUUUUGUAAUUUUGUUUGAUCCAUCCAUUACGUGUGAAAUCCAGGCAACAAAGAUGCAUUUUAAAAAGUAAACUAUUUCCUGAACAGUCAUUAGAAAUACACCAAGUUGAGCUAGGAAA